AUGUCUAUUCUUGUAGCCCAUGCACUUCCCGUGAAAGUGCGUGCGGGAUCCCAGACGAGCGUGUUCUCAUACGAAGAGCAGCCAAUCUCCGUGAAGUCCUGUAUCGUAGACAUUGCCCACAGCUACACCAAGCGCAAGAACGUGUUCCGACUGAAGACGUACAACGGGUCGGAGUACCUGCUCCAGGCCGAUGACCAGAUGGACAUGCUAGUCUGGAUACGACACAUCAGCGCCAACAAUAAUCCAGACCUUGACGCCAAUGGUGUUACAAACGCCGAGCUGAUUAUCCGCAAGAGCCAGGAGCUUACCGAGUCGGGACCAACCCUGGGGAACAACACGUCCCCAACCCCCGCCCAUAAGAUCACCAAGAAACUCUCUGUUAUCAAACAGAAGGUGCCGCAGUCUCCCAGCAUCAAGCGACGCAAGACAGUGUCCGGGGAUAAACUUGAGGACACCGGGAAGCCGAAGACGUGGAAGGGUAAGCUAGGGAAGAGCAUUAAGAAGCACAUGGGCUCGAGUUCGUCCACCGGGCAAAUUGCAGUCGUACCUGAGACCGGAGGGAUGUUCGAGGUGCCAUUGGAGGACUGUCUGCCCUCACCCAACAAUGAGGUCAGUGUUUGUUACACCCUCACCCAACUAUGA